CGCUACUAGUAAAAAAUUGUGCUUUGGCGUUCUCAAACGACGUCGUGGCGUUCAACUGGGCUUCUUCGUCUUCUGCCCCCGCUCUGCGCAUCAUCCGUGGACUAUGUUCGUCUGGCGAACCACAGUAAUCACUAAUCAGUAAUCAUUAACCAGACCGUUAAGCUGCAGCGCCGGCAAUAGGAAGCAGCCAUAUAAAGCUCAUCAUCAACAAAUGAAAGUCUUUCCCUUUCUUCUAAUUCUCUUUCUCAUCUCUUCCUAUUUCCUCCCUUCCAUCGCUAGAGGUGGCGAGCGCAGCUUCAACGUUUCAGGUUUUGUGGAUAAUGGUUACGAGGGUUCGACCAGGCGAUUACUGGAGGAGAACUGGUCUAAGGAACGUGUUGAUAUACCUCCUGGUUACAAGACCAAUUCUGACCUGGAAGAGGCCAUGAAGGCAUUCAGUAGAAGGUGUAGCAGUAUUUCCAGGAUGUAUAGCAUUGGGACAAGUGUGAAAGGAGUUCCACUGUGGGUGAUAGAAAUUUCUGACAAGCCUGGAGAGGAAGAGGCUGAACCUGCAUUCAAGUUUAUUGGAAAUGUGCAUGGAGAUGAACCUGUAGGACGCGAGCUUCUGUUACUGCUUGCAAAUUGGUUAUGUGAUAAUAAUAUGAAGAAUCCCUUGGCAACAUUAAUUAUAGAAAAUGUUCACCUUCAUAUUCUUCCUUCGAUGAAUCCUGAUGGAUUUUCUCUUAUGAGGCGUGGCAAUGCUAACAAUGUUGAUCUAAAUCGGGAUUUUCCUGACCAGUUCUUCCCUAUGAAUGAUGAUGUGGAUGCACGACAACCAGAAACGAAAGCAAUCAUGAGGUGGUUGAAAGAGAUUCAUUUCACAGCAUCUGCGAGUUUGCAUGGGGGAGCACUUGUUGCAAAUUAUCCAUGGGAUGGCACUGAAGAUAGAAGGAAGCAUUACUAUGGAUGUCCUGAUGAUGAAACCUUUCGGUUCAUGGCAAGUGUAUACAGUCGUUCCCACUAUAACAUGUCUCAGAGCAAGGAGUUUCCUGGAGGAAUUACAAAUGGCGCACUAUGGUAUCCUAUAUACGGUGGCAUGCAAGACUGGAACUACAUCUUUGGUGGUUGUUUUGAAUUGACCUUGGAAAUUAGUGAUAACAAAUGGCCUGGUGCGGAUGAGCUUCCUAGUCUUUGGGAGUUCAAUAGAAUGAGCAUGUUAAAUCUUGUUGCCAGCACGGUGAAGACUGGGGUACAUGGAAAGAUCUUUUCAUCGGAGAGUGGGAAGCCAUUGCCUGCCUUCAUAACUAUCAAGGGUAUAAAUUACUCGGUUCAAGCUGGCAAAGCAUUUGCUGAUUACCAUCGCUUGCUUGCUCCCGGAGAGAGAUAUGAAGUUAUGGCCUCUCUGCCUGGGUAUAAAUCAAAGACCACACGCAUAUUGCUUGAAGAAGAGGGCACUACGGUGGAUUUUGUUCUGGACCCAGAAGUGAUGCUGAAGGGGCUACUACGAAGCCCCUGUGAUUGCUACUGUAACAAUGGGCGGCUUUACUUGGAAAUUUCUCUUGUUUUGAUUAUUAUUUUGGCGUUUCUUUGCUUUCUACUGAAGAGGAAAGCCAUGGCCAAUGUUUUGAAACAGAGACCUGUUAUUAUUGGAGGGUCAAAAAGGUAAGUUGUGAUCUUGAGAAUCUCUCAUUGUUGAUCUUAUGCCAAUCGUAUAUUGUAUAUUGGAAAUUAAAUAAAGAGAAAAAAAAUGUGUUCCCUCUUCA